CCGGAAGCGGCGGCCGUAGGCGGCACCGGCCGGUGGAGAGGCGGCCGUGAGCCCCCUGGGGGUUGGUGAGCCCCGCCAUGGAUCCGGCCGAGACAGUCGCGCGGCCGCGGUCGUCGCUGCUGCCGCGGCUGCUGCUGGUGCCGCUGCUGUGGUCGGGGCUGGCUCUGGGCGCGUUCCCCAUGGGCAGCAGCCCCCACAGGGUCCUCUACGACCUCCUGUCGGAGCAGCAGUUGCUGGAGGCGGAGGACUUGUCCCUGACCCUGCUGCAGGGCGGAAGGCUGGGGCCACUGUCGCUACCCCCCGACCUGCAGGAUCUGGAUCCCGAGUGCCGGGAGCUGCUGCGGGACUUCGCCAGCAGCAGCGCAGAGCUGACCGGGUGUAUAGUGCGCGGCGCCCGGCCGGUGCGCCUCUGUCAGAACUGCUACCCCCUCUUCCAACAGGUCGCCAACAAGAUGGACAACAUCAGCCGAGCCGUGGGGAAUACUUCAGAGAGUCAUAAUUGUGCCAGAAGUCUCUUAAUGUCAGAUAGAAUGCAAAUAGUCGUGAUUCUGUCUGAGUUUUUUAAUUCCACGUGGCAGAAGGCAAAUUGUGCAAAUUGUUUAACGAACAAAAGUGAAGAAUUAUCAAAUAGCACGGUAUACUUCCUCAGUCUGUUUAACCUCACCUUGACCUGCUUUGAGCAUAACCUUCAGGAGAGCGCAUACAGUCUUCUACAGUUAAGAAAUUAUUCAGAAGUUUGCAAAAACUGUCACGAAGCAUACAAAACUUUGAGUAAUCUGUACAGUGAAAUGCAAAAAAUGAAUGAACUUGCGAACAAGGCUGAACAUGGGAGACAUUUAUGCAUUGACGUGGAGGAUGCAAUGAACAUUACUCGAAAACUUUGGAGUCGAACUUUCAACUGUUCGGUCCCUUGCAGUGACACAGUGCCUGUAAUUGCUGUUUCUGUGUUCAUUCUCUUUUUGCCUGUCGUCUUCUACCUUAGUAGCUUUCUUCACUCGGAACAAAAGAAACGCAAACUUAUUCUACCUAAACGUCUCAAGUCUAGUGCCAGCUUUGCACACGUGCAAGAAGAUUCAAACUGAAACCUACAAAAUGGAGAAUUAGCAUCAUAUCCCAUGGAUGAAUGGUAGAAGACACAGCUUGGUCCAAAAGAAGAUAAACUAUGAUUUGACAAGUCAAGUUCUUAAGAAAUGCAAGGACUUCAGAUUUAUUUUUAAAUAAGAGUUUUCAAUUUUUCUUUCCUUUUCCACCCCCUUUUAAGGAUUUGGGUAUUUUUAAUUUCCAGGCAUUGCAAUGUUGUCUAUUUUAAAGUAUAUUUGUUAACAAUAACAAAAGAUGCAAGAACAAUCUUUGUUUUGUUUUGUAGGCGUGUUAUUACUGUUUGAGACUUCUGGUAUCUCCUUGUUAACAUGUUAUCUCAAGUAGCAAAGUUUUUGAAAACUAACAUUUAAAAAUAAUCAGUUAUAGCAAAGACUUUGAAAAAGAAAUAUACUUGCCAAAAAGUAGCAGGUCCAAAGAUUAAAUUACUCGCCAUUGCAGUAUUAUUGUUACAUAUAUGUGUAAUAUGUCAUAUAUUACAAAUAAUGUGUAAUUCAAUCUCUAGUUUCCUUAAAGUCAUUUUUGAAACCACUAAUUAUAAACCUCCCUAACAAUUUUUAAAAGCAGGAAGGCACAUUACAUUUAUCUCUGUAAAAAGAUUUAUGGUAACUGGUUUCUUACUUGACUUUUAUAAAUAGUAUUUUACACCUUAUUUUUGCCUUUAUUUAAUAAGUAAUUUGAAAUCACUGGACUGCUUUGUUAUAUUCAGGGCGAGAUGGAUUCUUUUUAUACCAGGGAUUUGCAUUGUGAAUUACAUUAAGUUAUUUGGCAAUUUAUAAUUUAUUACUACUUUAAAUCAAAUGUAGCAUUAUCACACUGUAUUUAAAUUGUGAUUUUUUAAUAGAGAGUUUCUCUUGGGAUAUAUGGAGAUUUUUGGAGGGGAGAGAAAGGAAGAGUAAAAACUUAAGUUUCAGAAAAUAGUCAGGGACCUGAAAGGAUGCUCAUUAUAAGACUGUUGAAUAGUUCAUAUUGAGGGCAAGAGUCGGAAUGAGAGUCUGAUACAAAAAGCAGUUAGGUUAAGAUGAUGCUUAUUUUUUUCUAAAUUAUUUAAAUUGGAUAAAGCGAUAUGAUUGAGAUGAAGUCACAUAUUUCACUCUCAGAAAACAAAUUCUGUUUUGUAACAUUUGUAUCAGUCUUUAAAAAAAAGCUUUGUUUCAGAAUUGUUCAUAAUUUUUUCCCUCAGGUUCUUAGUGUUAGGUGUUUCAUUUGUUAAUUCUUUCUUUGCUUUCUUGGUGGAUAUAGACUUUGUUUUACAUGUUAAGAACAUGAAGGCUGCUCUAUAUAGAAACGAGUGUUUGGUUAAAUGGUACAAGAAUUUGAAUCCCUUUAUAUACUGUAAAAUGCUCUAUAGAGAGACAAGAAAGUGUUUUUAUUAUUUUUUUAAUGUUUACCACAUUUGCAGGGUGAAAGAGAAGGCUCAUCUUUGAAUAUGUACCAUAUCUAAAAGCUGUGACAGUUUUUCUAGUCGUCUGUGAUCCGCUUAAAAUGUGGGUUUGUUCUGCUGUCCCUCUUCACACUGCUGAUGCUAAUAGCACUCUCUGAUUUGAAGCAUAUAGUUGAGGGCCACUGAAAGCAAUCUUUCAUUAAUGCAGCUAAAACCAGUUUACAUGCGCACAGUUACAAAAUGGAAUAUUCGAUUCUGUAAGUAGUGACUCCUUGAGCACCUUUCAUUAUUAUGUAUUUCUAAAAACCGUUGCCUUUUGGAUAUGGUUGCUAAUAAGCACUUUAAAAAAGAAAAGGCAGCCUUUACUGUUUUUCUGGUUGAGUUGUUGCUCUUUAGAAGUAGCAUCAGCAAUAGAUUUCAAAAGUAAGUAUUAAGCACUACACUAAAGUGUGUAAAUAUUUCAUUUUUUAGUCAUAUUGAAAAAUUCUUUGUGUAGUUCUGAAUUCUGAAACACACAGCAUUUAUGUGUGCACAAGAACAUCUUUAGUUUUUUUGACACUGAAAUAAAGGAAGUAGCUUAAGAAAA